AUGUUUGGGAAGGAAGAAUAUAAUUUGACUCUCUUUAAUGUUGGAAAGGAACAUCCUUAUUCAGAAUACAUUAACAAACUUAAAAUUCCAGUACAACCCAACAAUGGUGAUAAAUCACCUUCUUUCCUUUUACACAACUUACCAGAAGCUAAUAAUGAAGGGAUAAUAAAUGGUGGUUAUGUUAAUAAAAAUUAUAUGAAUAUGUUAAAGGAAAAGGCUAUGAAAAAAUUGUGUAGAAGUGGGAAGACUCGUAGCUUGUUUGAAUUGCUAUGUCAAGUGUAUGGUAUCUAUUUUACAAUGCUUGCAGGUCAUGACAACCCUGGACCCAAAGACUUGAAUGUGGCUAUCCAUGAAAUGGGUCGUGAAUUUCAGAAAGAUGAUCCAAGGGCAAAUACUGAUAUGGCUCUUAAAGUAUAUUCAUUGUGCAUUGGCAGCUUACCAUUGUAUACAAUUUUACUUCGUUCAAUUGAAUGGCUUUAUAUGAAUAAUGUUAGUGUCAUCAUGUCUGGGACAGGAUUAAAAGUGGAAGCCAUUGAGAAGAGUUCAGUUAUAUUAAAAAAUGAAGAACAUUGCACAAUUGAUGAUGGAAUAGAAAGAUGGUUACACUUAACAAAACAAUAUAUUAUAACAUCUUUAGAAAAAAAAAUUGAAAAAUUAAAAGGAGUAACAGCAUUUGCACAACUAUCAGAACCACUAUGUGUUAUGGCAUUCAUUAAAUAUAUGGAAUCAAAAGAUAAAUCUUAUAAUCCAUUGUUAAAAGAAAUGUGUCAUAAUUUCCAAUUUCCAUCACACUGUGGUCGACUUUUUGAAAUAUUUUUAAUAAAACCACUUACACAAAUGUUCAAUGAAAGCAUUUUAUCAAAUAAUGGUAUUGUUAAAAAGGCCAUUGGCAUUGAUCAAUGUCCAGAAGUUUUUUCCUAUCCUAUAACAAUUGUUAGACCAGACUAUAAAAUAAUUCUUUGUGAACAAGGUGAUGAAGAUUUUGGUCUGGAUCAAUUUCUUGAAUCUCCAAACUCAACAUUCUUUGUUCCAGAAGAUACAGCUGGUCCAGAUUUGGUUUUUAUAGUUCAAUUUAAAGGUCCUGAUGAAAACUAUAUAGAUGUACCAGUUUUUGUUCAAGCAAAACUAUCAGUGAAUAUAAAACCAGCAAAAGCCAUUAGAACAACAGAUCCUAAUGCAUUUUAUGCAUAUCAAAAGAAAGAAAAUGAAUUAGGUUAUGAUGAACCAAAUUUCACAAAUGAGCCAUCUGUAAACCAAGAAAAGAGAAAGAAAAUUAUUGAAAUUAUUGAUAAAAAGUUUAAGAAAGCAAGAAAUAAUGGUAUCUUUUGGAUUCGAAUAUUGGUUGCAUAUCCAGCAAAAAUUCAACAAAAAAGCUACUGGAGAAGUAUUGAUAAUAGGCAUACAGGCAUGCAUAUUUCAGAAUUAAUGAUUAUAAUUGAUAAUGAUGAAGCAAAGCAUUUUUUCAAGCAAGAAGAAUUGAAUAUCUUGGAUGCUUUAAAGAAAUCUAAAUCAUUUGCAAAAUUGCUUAAUAUUCCUGAUGAUGCAUUGACAUUUUCUUCUGGGUGGCUUCAAAGCUUUAAAAACAGAAACAAUUUGAAAAGAUAUCAAUUGCAUGGAGAAAGUGGAUCAGCUGAUACCAAUGCAAUUGAAAAUGCACUUCCUGAUUUAAAAGCAAUUAUUAGCUCCUUUAGACCUGAAUGUGUAUAUAAUAUGGAUGAAACAGGACUACUUGAACCUGACACAACUCUAGCAACAAAACAACUUGAGGGGAAAAAAAAGGACAAGGAACAUUUGACUGUUGUGCUCUGUUGUAAUGCUGAUGGAACUGAUAAACUUCCAUCUCUCAUUAUUGGAAAAUGUUUAAAACCUCAGUGUAUGAAAAAUGUUAAUAUGAAUAAUCUUGGAAUUACCUAUAGAGCAAAUACUAAAUCAUGGAUGACAGCAGUUUUAUUUCAAGAAUGGUUAAGACUAUUUGAUCAAAGAAUGAGUGGUAGAAAGGUGUUAUUAUUACUUGACAAUGCACCUUGUCAUAUAAUUGAAGGGGUAGAAUUGAAAAAUACACAGAUUAAAUUCUUACCACCAAAAUCCACAUCAAAGAUUCAACCUUGUGAUGCAUCUUUCAAGAAACAUUACCAUCGUCAAUUUGUACAUCACCUUCUUGAAAAGUUUGAGGAUAAUGAACAGGUUGCCAAACUUAAUGUUUUAGAAGCUAUACUAUUCAUUAAAACAGCUUGGAGAGAUAAUGUUACAAUAAAUACCAUUGCCAAUUGUUGGAAGCAUACUGGUAUUAUUAAAUUUGAUAAUAAUGAAGAGACAGAGCAAGAAGGAGAUGAAAUAAUUCCUGAUAUAGAAAAGAAUAUUACAGCCUUAAGAACCCCUAUGAGAACAGAAGAUUUUUUGAAUCCUGUUGAAGAAAAUGGAAUAGAAGAACCUGUAGAAGAGGAGACAAUUAUUCAAUUAAUUCAAGAAGAAGGUAAUGAAAAUCAGAAUGAGGAAGAUGAUGAAGGAAAUGAGUUACCUGUUAUUUCUGCUAAGGAAGGAUUAGAAGUUUUAGAAAAAGUCAUGACAUUCUUGUUGCAGCAGUCUAGAGAUUGUUCAGAUGAAAUUAAAAAGUUGGCUAGU